AUGGGCCUCCACACCGAACCACUAGAUCAAGAAGACCAAGACGCGAUCAUCCUGGACGCGAGAAGUGGGGACUUGGAGUCUCUCCGGGACAUUUUCAGCAACCUGGUGGAUCCUAAGUUGAUCUUGACCUGCAAGGAUGCCGACACCAAAAGCACGCCAUUGCACAUGGCGGCUGCCAACGGCCACGUAGAAGUGGUAGAGUAUCUCGCGUCGCUAGUGAGCGAUGUUAGCGAGCGCACAAAGUGGGUGAAUGCAACAAACGAGACCGGCAACACCGCGCUGCACUGGGCGUCGCUCAACGGGAAACUGGAGUGCGUGCAGCUGCUGUGCGACAAGCUGGGGGCCGAUCCGUUCUUGAGAAACUCGUUUGACCACGAUGCGAUCUUCGAGGCUGAGCGCGGGUCGCACGACGCCGUCGAGACGUUCUACCUGCAGAAAUACGACGUCGAGCCGGAAGCACAGGGUUCGGACGGGCCUGUGGAGGACACAGUGCAGUACAGCGAGGGAACGGAGGUCGAGCAGGUCACCAAAGAUGCCACAGAAGCGCUCAGACUGGAAACUCAGAAGCUGAGUCUCGAGAAAGAGGGAGGGAAGUAA